CCGGGGGUAGAACGUAGGCACCACGGCCAUAACGUGGGCACCAGGGCCACAACGUGGGCACUGGGGGCAUACCGUGGGCACCGGGGCCACAACGCGGGCACCACGGCCACAACGCGGGCACCACGGCCACAACGCAGGCACCAGGGGCAUACCGUAGGCACCAUGGCCACAACGCGGGCACCAGGGCCACAACGUGGGCACCGGGGGCAGAACAUAGGCACCACGGCCACAACGCGGGCACCAGGGCUACAACGUGGGCACCGGGGGCAUACCGCGGGCACCGGGGGCACCGAGGGCAUGCCGUGGGCACCAGGGCCACAACGCGGGCACCGAGGGCAUGCCGUGGGCACCGGGGCUACAACGCGGGCACCAGGGGCAUGCUAUAGGCACCGGGGCCACAACGCGGGCACUGGGGCUACAACGUGGGCACCGGGGGCAUGCCGUGGGCACCGAGGGCAUGCCGUAGGCACCGGGGCUACAACGCAGGCACCGGGGGCAUACCAUAGGCACCGAGGGCAUGCCAUAGGCACCGGGGCUACA